ACGCGCACGUGAGUCCCGCCUCGCAGCUGUGUUUGGAAACACGGUGUGUAGCGGUCAGUAUGGAGAAGUCCAUGUUUACCGCGAAUGGAAACGAAUCUGACAAAAGAAGUUAACGCAGCCGGACAGCACCCAAUACAGCCACACGGGCUAAUGUAACAGCACAAGAGUAGCAUGCUUGACGUGGGAAAGUGGCCAGUGUUUGCACUUCUGCCUCCUGAGGAACUACGUCUCAUCCGCCAGGCCUGUGUGUUUGGCAACGCUGCUAAUGAGGCCAUCUAUGUUACAGUCAAUGAUGAGGUGUUUGCUUUGGGAACAAACUGCAGCGGAUGCUUGGGUCUGGGAGAUGUCCAAAGCACAAUUGAGCCCAGACGGAUAGACGCCCUAUGCGGGAAGAAGAUUAUCUCUCUGAGCUAUGGCACAGGGCCGCAUGUCGUCAUUGCAACUGCAGAAGGAGAGGUAUAUGCCUGGGGCCACAAUGGCUACAGCCAGUUGGGGAAUGGCAACACCAACCACGGCCUGAUCCCUGCCCUGGUGUCCACCAACCUCAUUAAUAAGAGGGUGACCGAGGUGGCGUGUGGCUCCCAUCACACCAUCGCUCUCAGCACUGAAGGAGAGGUGUAUGCCUGGGGCUACAACAACUCUGGCCAGGUGGGCUCAGGCUCCACAGCCAACCAACCCACGCCACGCAGGGUCAGCAGCUGCCUGCAGAACAAGGUCGUAGUGAACAUUGCCUGUGGCCAGCUCUGCUCCAUGGCUGUCCUAGACAACGGAGAGAUCUAUGGCUGGGGCUAUAACUGUAAUGGGCAGCUGGGUCUGGGUAAUAACGGCAACCAACAAACACCGUGUCGUAUCGCUGCUCUGCAGGGAAUCAACAUUGUCCAGGUGGCUUGUGGCUAUGCACACACCCUGGCGUUAACAGAUGAGGGAUUUGUUUACGCCUGGGGUGCCAACGCUUAUGGGCAGCUAGGCACUGGAAAUAAGAGCAACCAGGCAUUGCCCACACUCAUCAACAUGGACAAGGAGAGGAUGGUGGAAGUGGCUGCGUGUCACACCAGUCACACAUCAGCCGCUAAGACACAGAGCGGUCAGGUGCUGAUGUGGGGUCAGUGUCGAGGUCAGGCCGUUCCCUUCCCACACAGCACGCAUUUCUCCAGCACGGAUGAUGUGUUUGCCUGUUUUGCUACCCCUGCCGUAACCUGGCGUCUUCUCACAGUGGAUGGAGAUGACUACCUAACUGUGGCUCAGUCCCUUAAGAGAGAGUUUGACAGCCCAGAAAUUUCAGAUCUCAAGUUCCUAGUUGAUGGGAAAUGUAUUCAUGUUCACAAAGCUCUGCUCAAAAUCAGGUGUGAGCAUUUUCGUGCGCUGUUAAAUGAGACUGAUGAUGAAGCCAUCGAAAUCCAUCAGUUCUCCUACAUGGUGUACCGGGCCUUCCUGGAGUACCUCUACACUGACACUAUUAACUUGCCACCAGAGGAUGCCAUUGGUCUUCUAGAUCUUGCUACCUACUACAGAGAAACUCGUCUAAAAAGGCUGUGCCAGGAAACCAUUAAAAGAGGUAUUUCGGAAGAGAAUGCCAUCACACUGCUAUCUGCUGCUGUCAAGUAUGAGGCACGGGACUUGGAAGAGUUCUGCUUCAAGUUCUGCGUCAACCACCUGACUGCCGUCACUCAGACCCAGGCCUUUGCAGACAUGGACCAUGACCUGUUGAAGAACUUUAUUAGCAAAGCUAGUCGCUAUGGGGCCUUCAAAAACUAAGCCGGAGCAUGAGCUGAGUAGAGAGACAACUGGAGAACAAUCGUGGAUCAGCUUUGCCAGAAGUAGGCAGUGUUCCAUGGUAUGUGAAAGAGCAAGGCAGAACGUCCUUGGUUUGGAUAAACCACUCCACAGGCUGACCACUUGGCCCUGAUGCUUUGAAGCUGCACUUCCCAGAAUAACAACAAAAUGCAUUUGUGGUUUUGUAGGCUGCUGGGUAGGCAAACAACUAUACAGUUCUGUGCAAAAGUCUUAGGCACUUAAAGCAUAAAUAAAUAAAAAAAUGAUGACCGUUCCUACAUAUAAAAACGACUAUAACGUAUGGUGAUGAUUCCGUGCCAGAUAAAAAAGCAAUCAUACAAGAUGCCAAUGAUAUUGCUUUUCAUUUGUCACACUGGAAAGCAAAACCUUCACUGUGUUGCUUUUACUUUGCUUUAUCUCUUUAGUGAAAAACAAUCAGAAGGGACUUUUUAAAAGAAUUUAAUGCUGACUUCACAUCAGAAUUGAAUAUAAUUCCCUGCUUCGGUGCAUUUCAUUUUUCAGCAAUGCCCCGGCGUAUACGGCUUAGGGCUGUAAUUGGACAGCGAUUGCAUUUCAGUGUGGCACGACUGCAGUGCACUGAUGAAACUGAAAUGGAAUGCAACCGAGACUUUGCAUACAGCAUUCACUUCUGAUCAGAAAUCAGAAUUUAUUUCUUAAACCAAUCCCCUAUUGAUUGUUUUUUUCCGGUGCGGCAGGCACAUUGUCCUCACGUCACAAAUGAAAAGCAAUACUGCCUGUGUAUUGCAUUUCAUAUUUUCCCCCCAGUGCAAUUGCUUUUCUCUCUGGCAUGGAAUAAUAAAUAGCAGUAAUACUAAAACAGACCUAUAUUUGGUGUAAACUAAGCCAAAUCAUUAUCUGCCGUACCGUCCUUUGCCUUUAAAACUGCAGAUUGGCUGGUAAGUUUUUCUUGCAGCUUGAACAACCUGCUACAGUCUUUUCUGGAGGCUGCUGGCUGUUCCCAGUACACCAAACUGACUCCAUUAUGGUUUUAUCUGGAAAGUGGCCAAUUAUGUAUUAUGUUUUUUCUUUAACAGUGUACACACAUUAAAUUUUUUGGGUAAAGCAGAAAACAAACAACUAACACACCCUAAAAAAAUAGGAUGCCUGAGACUUUUUCACAGUACUGGAUAAUGACCACCGGUACCUUAUGGUGCCUUUGAAAGGGAUUCAUCUUUUUUUUUCUGUAAAAUCCCUUUUCCACAGAUUUAAUAAGGGAAAGACAUCCCACUAGUACAGAUUAGUAGAGAAUCCAUCAGUCAGUAGGAGGAGGUUUUAAGGAAGAGGCUUUCUCCAGGUGUAGAUAACUAAACUAACCACUUAACCAGCAGCAUUUAAAGCACUUGUAAAGGUGUUCGUGUUUACUUUGAUUUCUUUGUAAAGUUACCCAAUACUGAAAAAUAUUUAAACAAUGCUUUGAAUUUUACAGUGUGAUAUCCCUUUGUAUUAGACCUCUUUUCAGGCAAGAGGACACGACUUCUAUUUACUAUUCUCCUAUUCUGUAUGAAUUUGUAUCUGUGUGGUUUCUCUUUUUAGAAUUUCUUUAUUGAAAGUUCAUAGCAGCAUGGUCAGAUUAGAUUUUUUUUUUUUUUUUUUUUUUUUUUUCCCCUUACACCUGAAGGGUCACAGUUUGUUUUGUCUGUUGUAGUCAUGUGCCUGUUUCUGUUUAAUAUGCACCAUCAUCUCUGAGUCCUGGCCAUUUUUCUGAGGCAGGCAUGGAAAAAACUAGGAUAUGUUCCCAUAGGUGGUGUUUACACAACAAAGUUAAAAGGACAUUAUGUCCUCUUUUAGUCACUUAUAAUUUUUUGGUGUUGAUUUGAAGCAUUGCUUCUUACUUGUUUUUUAAAUACUCUGUUACAUAGAGAAAAGAGUCAGGAUAGUCUUACAAGUGUUUAUGACAAAUUUGAUCAUUCAAAGACUUAAAUAAUCAGAUAGUUCAUCUGUUAUAGCACUUAGAGUUAGAAAUGAAGUGAUAGAACUCUUGUUAUGGCAUUCAUACAUACUCUGUGGGAAUAUCUUUACUAAUUGAACUAAAAUGUUUAAUGGCAGACUUAUCAAGAGUCUCUUACAUUAGAAUAUAUUAUGAUUGUGUUUGAUCUCUUGUCAUGUUUACAGUGAAGGGGUUCACACUCUCUAAGGAAAACUAUUACAUCAGACACUUGAGGUGGUUACAGCUUUUUUUUUUUUUUCCUCCACUACACAAAUGUACAUUAUAUAGGCAGCGGUAUUGUUAUUUGCCAAGUGAUGGUGUGCUGAUUAACUCCAUUUUCCAUGUCUUGCUUAACAAGGUCUAAUACAAACCUGCAACCGAUACCACCUUCCCUUUCCUUCUUCACUAGAUGCAGAUUUAAUUAAAAAAAAAAAAACUUGCCUGGCUUACACUUACUGAUAGUAUUGGAAUAAAGGUCUGAAAAUAUCCAA